CGGCUGCGUAUCAACUUUAGGAUUCUUUCACUUCUGUUCGAUCGAAAUUUCAUCCUUUUGCUCUACUUGAUCUGCUUCCGGUUCAAGUGCUAAGUCCGAUAAGUCCUGAUCCUGUCUAUUAUUGAGUUCGAGUGACCGUGCAUCUGGCUGCAAUCUUGCUUUGAGUUAUUUUUAUUUUAUAUCAUUUGGAAUAUUCCAGACAUGUCUGACGAUAAGGGCGAAACCUUUGCAUUCCAAGCUGAGAUUGCUCAGCUUAUGAGCUUGAUCAUUAACACAUUCUACAGCAACAAAGAGAUUUUCCUGCGAGAAUUGAUCUCUAAUUCAUCUGAUGCAUUGGAUAAGAUCCGUUAUCAGGCUCUUACUGAGCCAGGAGAGCUCGAUACUGGUAAGGAGCUUUACAUCAAGAUUAUCCCAAACAAGGAAGAUAAGACGCUGACCAUCAUUGACACCGGUAUCGGUAUGACCAAGGCGGACCUUGUGAACAAUCUGGGUACCAUCGCCAAGUCUGGAACGAAGGCGUUCAUGGAGGCUCUCCAGGCUGGAGCAGACAUUUCUAUGAUUGGGCAGUUCGGUGUUGGUUUCUACUCAGCUUUCCUCGUUGCUGAUCGUGUUGUUGUUACUUCUAAAAACAAUGACGAUGACUGCUAUCAGUGGGAGUCCAGCGCAGGCGGUUCCUUCAUUGUUAGGCCUGUAAAUGAUCCUGAGCUCACACGUGGUACCAAGAUCACCAUGCACAUCAAAGAAGACCAGACUGAAGUUUUGGAAGAGCGUCGAAUUAAGGAGAUUGUCAAGAAACACUCCCAAUUCAUUGGCUAUCCCAUUAAACUUGUGGUCGAGAAAGAACGUGAGAAGGAAGUGGAGGACGACGAAGCCGAAGAAGGCAAGGAAGAGGCAAAGGAGGGAGAAGUCGAAAAUGUUGGUGAGGAUGAGGAUGCAGACAAGAAGAAGAAGAAAACGAAGAAGAUCAAGGAGAAGUACCACGAAGAUGAGGAACUGAACAAGACCAAACCUAUCUGGACUCGAAACCCCGAUGAUAUCUCAAACGAGGAGUACGCAGAGUUCUACAAGAGUCUUUCAAACGACUGGGAAGAUCAUUUGGCCGUCAAGCAUUUCUCCGUUGAAGGUCAACUAGAGUUCAGGGCGCUUCUUUUCGUUCCCCAGCGCGCUCCAUUCGAUUUGUUUGAGAAUAAGAAGAACAAGAAUUCAAUCAAAUUGUAUGUACGACGUGUAUUCAUCAUGGAGAACUGUGAGGAGCUUAUGCCAGAAUACCUGAACUUCAUUAAGGGAGUAGUAGACUCGGAAGAUCUUCCACUGAACAUUUCUCGUGAAAUGCUCCAACAAAGCAAGAUUCUGAAAGUUAUCCGCAAGAAUCUUGUGAAGAAAUGUCUCGAACUUUUCGAGGAAAUCGCUGAGGACAAAGAUAACUUCAAGAAAUUCUACGAACAGUUUGGAAAGAAUAUCAAGCUCGGUAUCCAUGAGGAUUCUACCAAUCGCAAGAAGAUGGCUGACUUCCUCCGUUAUUAUUCGUCAUCUUCCACUGAUGAAAUGACCUCUCUGAAGGAUUACGUCUCACGAAUGAAGGAUAACCAGACUCAGAUCUACUACAUCACUGGAGAGUCAAAGGAUGCUGUAGCUAACUCUGCAUUCGUUGAGCGCGUCCGCAACCGAGGAUUCGAAGUCUUGUACAUGGUAGAUCCUAUCGACGAAUACUGCGUGCAGCAGCUGAAAGAAUACGACGGCAAGAAGUUGGUGUCCGUCACUAAAGAAGGUUUGGAACUACCAGAGAGUGAGGAUGAGAAGAAGAAAUUCGAAGAGGAUAAGGUGAAGUUUGAGAACCUCUGCAAGGUGAUCAAGGAUAUUCUGGAGAAGAAGGUAGAGAAGGUUGUUGUCUCAAACCGACUCGUCCACUCACCUUGCUGUAUUGUAACCUCCGAGUACGGAUGGUCAGCUAACAUGGAGCGUAUUAUGAAAGCCCAAGCUCUGCGAGACUCAUCCACGAUGGGCUACAUGGCAGCCAAGAAGCAUCUCGAGAUCAAUCCCGACCAUGCUAUCAUGAAGACUCUUCGUGAACGAGUUGAGGUCGACAAGAACGAUAAGACCGUAAAGGAUUUGGUCAUCUUGUUGUUCGAGACCGCCCUUCUGUCUUCUGGCUUCUCCCUCGAAGAGCCGCAAUCGCAUGCUUCCCGAAUCUACAGGAUGAUCAAGUUGGGUCUCGACAUUGGAGACGAAGAAGAUGAAGAUAUGCCCGCUGCGUCCUGUGCUGCUGAAGUUCCUAAAGUAGCUGGUGCUGAGGAAGAUGCGUCCCGAAUGGAGGAGGUCGAUUAAGUAUAUUUAAUGCAUGCAACUGGUUACUCUGUGUGAUCUCCG